GUAACGAUUAAAAAAAAAAAGUAGCCGUGCUUAUUCAGCAGAUUAUAAAGAGCUAUUUAGAAAAUGCACCUUUCUUCCUGAUCUGUCCGUGCCUUUGUAUAUAUAUGACCAAAGGUCCCAGCUGAUCAUUUCUUUUCCUGCACAGCCAGGAGGUUUCCAGCAGCAGCAGCAGCAACACCAGCCACGGGCAGUACAAUACUCAGGAAGCUUCCCAGAAGGAUGGCCUCCCUCUUGGAGCUGAAGGAAAUCUUCCGCAAUGCCGAUGCAGUGUGCUUUGAUGUGGAUAGUACAGUCAUCAAGGAAGAAGGAAUCGAUGAGCUGGCGAAGUUCUGUGGAGUUGGGGAUGCUGUGGCAGAAAUGACUCGGAGAGCUAUGGGAGGCUCCGUGACAUUCAAAGCUGCUUUAACGGCACGACUAGGACUUAUACGUCCCUCCUGGGAGCAAGUGCAAAAACUAAUUUCAGAACAUCCUCCUCAGCUCACACCAGGCAUAAGGGAGCUGGUAAGCAGGCUUCACCAGCGAGGCAUCCAAGUCUUCUUAGUAUCCGGAGGGUUUCAGAGCAUUGUGGAGCACGUCGCUUUACAGGUGAACAUUCCAACAGCAAAUGUGUUUGCCAAUAGGCUGAAGUUUUACUUUAAUGGAGAAUAUGCAGGGUUUGAUGAGACACAACCAACAGCUGAAUCAGGUGGAAAAGGAAAAGUUAUCAGUCAUCUGAAGGAACAGUUUCACUUUAAGAAGGUAGUUAUGAUUGGAGAUGGAGCUACAGACAUGGAGGCAUGUCCCCCUGCUGAUUGCUUCAUUGGAUUCGGAGGAAAUGUAAUCAGGAAACAAGUAAAGGAGAAAGCCAAAUGGUACAUCACUCACUUUGACGAACUGCUUAAAGAACUGGAAGAACGAUAAGUUAUACAGUAACAUAGUAUUUUUAUUAACAAUUAUAGUAGAUCAAUAUAUACAAUGCAAUUAAACGUAUUUGUUUGCA